AUGGAACAACGUUUGUUAACCUUGUGUCUUAUUGCAAGCUUCAUGGGUCUUCUUCUGCCUUUGGGGGAAGCCAUUUGGUUGAAACUUCCUCCUUCAGAAAUCAAGUGUGUUUCAGAAGAAAUCCAACACAACGUCAUGGUCACGGGCAAUUACAAUGUCAUCUUCGAAGACCAAACCAACGAUGUCCCUGCCAUCAACGCAAGGUUGACAUCUCCAUUUGGGAACAUCAUCCGUGAAGUAGAAAAUGUCACUGAUGACCAGUUUGAAUUCAAAACCACAAAGACGGGGAGUUACAUCCUUUGUUUUUGGAUGUAUGAUAAUCGAGAUGUAGUAGCAAACAUCAACCUUGAUUGGAAAGUCGGAAUUUCUACAAGGGACUGGGAUUCUGUUUCUAAACAUGAAAAGCUUGAGGGUGUUGAGCUUGGGCUGUGGAAAAACGAGUUAAUAGUGGAUUACAUUCACGAAACGAUGCUUCGUCUUAGAAGCAGGGAAGCGGAAAUGAGGAUGGUAAGCGAAACGACCAAUACAAGAGUAGCAAUGUUCAGUAUCAUGUCCUUGGGUAUGUGCGUAAUGGUUUCAGCUGUGCAACUAUGGAAUUUGAGACGCUACUUCGAAAAGAAGAGGAUUAUUUGA